GUUGCUAUUAUUGACACAGCAGGUGCCUCUGCCUUUGACAGAUUGCGUCCAUUUUCGUAUGAAGGUGCCACAGACGUCGUCGUAUGCUACGCCGUAGAUUCUCAUCAGUCCUUUGACCAAGUAUUGGAAAAGUGGGUCCCUGAAGUUCGAUUUCUGUGUGCGGAUUGUCCUCUUUCGUUGCUGGCAACAAAGAGUGAUUUACGAGCAGAUGAAACGGUUAUUUCUCGUCUUGCAAAUCUUGGACUUGCUCCUGUUACGACAGAACAAGGUCGUCAACUGGCUGCUUCUAUUCAUGCAGAUGCCUACUACGAAUGUAGUGCAAAGCUAGACGACAAUGUUAUGGGGUUCUUUCAA